AUGGAUACCUAUGAAUACUAUAUCCUAAAUCCCAAUUCAGACCAUACUUUGGCUAAACAUUGCAUACAAUUGUGUGGAAUGAGAACGGAAUGCCAUAAAGAAGUCUAUGCCUUCACUGUAAAAAAACUGUCCUUAGAGUCCGAUGCUUUCUAUGUGGUGGUCAUACCGGCCAAUACACCGGAUAUACUGUUCACACAUUUGCCUAAAAUACUGUUUGAAGACUUUGGUUACCAACAGAUGGCACACAACAUGGAUUCAGAAGAUAAAGAAUGCUUUACAAGAGGUUUCCUCCGGAAGUGUCCGCACAUUACUGAUCAGACCAUUGAUGUCCUCAUAAGUCAUGGAUUCAGAGACAGAGAACUGCUUCUCGUGUUAGACACCGACAAAGACUUACCACUCAUUGACAUACCUUUGUCUCAAAAGGCAGUCUUAAGACUAGUUUUAUCACAAUUUCAACGAUUGGCUCAAAAGGAUGUCGUUUUGAGUCUCCAGAAGAUGGUCACCGAAGAUAUCACUGAAACGAAUUCAAACAUUGAGUCAAUGGAUCCACAGAUGGAGUCUUCAGCAACGCUUCCAGUGAUGUCUGAGUGUAUGAGUGUUGUGUCCGACACUUGUGUCCAAACAGUUAAAGAAGUGAUGGAUGAAGAAGAAGACAACACUUGCCAUCCGUUGGAGAAAAAAUCAAAGGUGUCGUUGAAUGCAAUGAAAGGCACUGAAGAGGAAUGUUAUGCGAAGGACUCGUUCGACAGAUUCGGUGAUGACUUAUGCGAAGAGAUGUUGUCUUAUCUGUCACUGAAAGACAGCUUCAGAUAUGAAUGUCUGUCCAAACAGUGGAAGCGAUCGGUGUUCACAACAAGACAUGCACUCGAAGUGAAAGACCAAAAAAUAGACAAUUUGUCGAUAAAACGCAAAAUGAAUGGAAGCGUUGAUUGGGAAGCAUUGGAAACGCUGCUAAAGAAGUUACCAAACAUUAGAUCCAUUGACAUCACUAUUGGCUGCGAUUCAUAUCUAUCGAUAAUACUGUUUGAAAGACUCGUGAAGUUAAUGAAACAUUUGAAUGCAAUUCACAUAACGUUUGUAUCAAUGGAUGACAAGAUUCUGAACAUAAUUCUGCCUCAAUAUGGCUCACGAGUGGCUUCAUUAGUAUUCGAGGAUCAUAGCUAUAAUUUCGAUGAAUGGUGUCAUAAGUCGUGCCAUAAUUUCAAGACAUUGUGUUUCGAUGACAGCGAAGACGGAUUGUCGAGGAUUUACGACAAAAGCAAUGAUAUAUUGUUUAAAAGUUUGACUCAAUUCUCGUUCGUGUAUUCGUCCUAUAAUUUGAAUGCUUUCACACUAUUUACGGAUCACUACACCAAUUGUCUGAAGUCUAUUGCAAUGAUUUUGUGUAAAUUGGACGGAAAGGGUAUUGAGGAUGUGUUACACAGACAAAAUGAUUUCUAUAUAACGGGUGAGUCAUAUGCGGGCAAAUACGUGCCGGCGAUCGCCUAUAAGAUACACUCCGAGGGAAAGGCAUCUAAUAUUAACCUGAAAGGUAUAGCCAUUGGGAACGGAUGGAUAGACCCGGUUACCCAGUUGGGCUAUGGACCAUUCCUAUACCAAACCGGACUCAUUGAUGAGAAUCAAAGAGAUUAUGUCAAUACAGAGACUAAUAAAGCGAUUGAAUUCAUCAAUAAUAAAAAUUAUCUGGAUGCUUUUAAGACUAUUGAUAUACUGACUGGUCUAUGGUCUAUGGAUUCUUACUUCAGAAACGCUACGGGACUCUCAUUUUAUUACAACUAUUUGUUCACUAAUAGUCCCGAAGAGUUUAAUUAUUAUUCCAAAUAUCUGGAACUGGAGGCCACCAGACGUGCCAUACAUGUCGGGAAUCUGACCUAUAAUGACGGCAAUAAAGUGAUGGAUCAUUUGAUGGCAAAUAUCAUGCAAUCAGUGAAGCCAUGGCUGACCACACUUAUGGACGCAGACUAUAAGGUUAUGCUAUUCAGUGGUCAACUGGACAUAAUAGUGGCGGCCACUCUCACUGAGAACUUCAUCGAAAGCAUAAAGUGGUCGAAAGCGAGUCAAUACAAGUCCGCUGACAGACUCGUGUGGAAAGUGAGUGAUAAGGACACAGAAGUGGCCGGUUAUGUAAGGGUUGUCCACAACUUUUAUCAAGUGAUUGUCCGCAAUGGGGGUCAUAUACUAGCAUAUGAUGAGCCCAGGGCUGCUCUGGAUAUGAUAACGAGAUUUGUUAUGCUAUUCAGUGGUCAACUGGACAUAAUAGUGGCGGCCACUCUCACUGAGAACUUCAUACAAAGCAUAAAGUGGUCGAAAGCGAGUCAAUACAAGUCCGCUGACAGACUCGUGUGGAAAGUCAGUGAUAAGGACACAGAAGUGGCCGGUUAUGUAAGGGUUGUCCACAACUUUUAUCAAGUGAUUGUCCGCAAUGGGGGUCAUAUACUAGCUUAUCAUUAA